AUGGGGCUCACGGUGGAAACCCUGAGGGAGGCCAUGAAGUACAUGCUGGAGUCGCAGGGCUUCGACCGGGUGCUCCGCAAGGUGGAUUGGAGCCCCACUCCCUGACAGAAGUGGAAGCCAUCUGCUCCCAGUGUCAAGCGUCAGUGAAGUCCUCAUUAGGAAUUCUGUCAGAAACUUAGGCUUCCAGUGAGUGCAGCACAGCAUGCCUGGUGUAGGACUUGGGAUUUUCAUUGAUCAAGAUGAAACUUGUUUCUGCAACUCCUGGAAACGUUGUUUGUGAAAUGAAAGUAGAGGAGGAACAUACCAACAGAUUUGGCACAUUACAUGGAGGUUUGACAGCCACACUCGUGGAUGUAGUGUCAACAGCAGCAUUGCUCUACACAGAAAGAGCAACACCUGGAGUCAGUGUGGACAUGAACAUCUCAUACACUUCUGCUGCUAAGAUUGGAGAAGAGAUAUUGAUUACAGCUCAGAUUCUGAAGCAAGGAAGAAGUCUUGCGUUUGCUACCGUGGAUUUAACAAAUAAGGCAACAGGAAAGUUAAUUGCACAAGGCAGACACACAAAGUUCCUAGAACAUUAAUAUAAGAACAUAAUGUAAAUAAUAAUGUUGGACUUCAGAAUGUCAUUAUUAUUUUCUCACUUAAAUAAGAUACCUGCACAAAAUUGUGUUAUUCUGUAGAAAGUGAAUUUGUCUCACUUCCAUAAUGAAUUUUUAAAUUACCACCAGAAUUGCUACAAGCCUAAAACUAGUGCCUAUUUUGAGAUGAACAACAGAGUGUAAUAGCAUAGGGAUAUAUUUGGCUUUUUUUUUUUUGGUCAAGGUAGCAGAAGGGAAGAGCCUUUGGAACAGCCAUAUGUUUUACCAGCAUAACAGUUUUAAGAGAUCCAUUCUCUUUCCCUUUGGUGCCAUGUGACAAAGUAGCCAUGUCUUCUGGCCUGUUACAGUCAUGCUCAAACACCACUAUGUAUGCUUAUAAACUAUACUUGUUCUGUAAGAUGAUAGUACAGAGUUCUUAUAGUGCAAAACUGGUUUGAAAGUGUAAAGCAGGCUAAUGCAAAAUGUUCAUUUACUGAUGCUGUAACAAAUUCAAAAGUACUCAAUAAAGUACUCUGAAACUAC